GCCCAGUCUUCCUCGACAAAGUCAAAAGCUGGAUAUAUCGCUUCGUGCUAUAGAAAUUACUCAGCAUCAGACAAAAAUAUGUUAUAUUACUAAACAUACUAGUGUUGCGGUCCCACAGGUCUGGAGCAGGAUCACUAGUUCAGAAGAUUUUUGCUGGGCCAUACCUCCUCAAAAAUCUAUGAAGU